CAGCAGCUUGGUCGAGCCCCCUUCAGUAAUCGACAAUCUGCCACAUUGUAAUUGAAAGGAGUACAGUGCGCAUCCUGCGGUUGUUCGCUAUUGCAGCAAUCGCCACGGACCGGGAGUACAGUUAUCCAUACUACUACUACUAAUAAUACUAUCAUCACCCAGGGGUGCGAGGAGGCUGCUUCUCAGAGACCAAGUGCGCCCUUGAAAGCGUCGCAGGAAGCGCGACACCCGUGGGAGAGCAGAAUCGCGGUUUCGCCUCCCGUUCUGUCCCGCGCGGAGCCGAGUGAUGUCAGUAGGCGCACUGAUCAAUCUGCUCAGGCCCGGCGGAUUGCAAGUGCGGAGACGGGCGCUGUUGACGACGUCCAGGCGCCUGCAGGAGGACAGGCAUCACUUCCACUGCGUUUCCCCCGCCAGGCUCAGCAAUUCCAGGUUCGACCCGGAUGGCAGCGGCCGCCCCACCACCUGGGAUGCCUUCGGGAUCUGGGAUAACCGGAUCGACGAGCCCAUCCUGAUGCCCUCCAGCAUCAAAUACGGCAAGCCCAUCCCCAAAGUGAGCGUGUCCAAGGUGGGCUGUGCCUCGCAGAUUGGCAAGCGCAGGGAGAAUGAGGACCGCUUCCAGGUGUCGCAGAUGACCGAGAACGUUCUCUAUUUCGCAGUGUAUGAUGGGCAUGGGGGGCCAGUGGCUGCCGACUUCUGCAACAAGUUCAUGGAGAAAUACAUCCAAGAUCUGGUAGCAGAAGAGGAGAAUCUGGAGGUGGUUUUGGCCAAAGCAUUCCUGGAAAUUGAUAAAGCCCUGGCAAGACACGUGCACCUCUCUGCUGAUGCCUCCCUGCUGAGCGCUGGCACCACAGCCACCGUGGCCCUGCUGCGAGACGGGAUCGAGCUGGUGGUGGCCAGCGUGGGGGACAGCCGGGCCCUGCUGUGCCGCAAGGGGAAGGCCUACAAGCUAACGGUGGACCACACUCCGGAGAGGAAGGACGAGAAGGACAGGAUAAAAAAGAGUGGUGGCUUUGUGGCCUGGAACAGCCUUGGGCAGCCUCACGUCAAUGGCAGGCUGGCCAUGACCCGAAGCAUUGGGGACUUUGACUUGAAGCGUAUAGGAGUGAUCGCGGAGCCUGAGACCAAGAGGAUUACGCUGCAUCAUGCUCACGACUCCUUCCUGGCACUGACCACAGACGGGAUCAACUUCAUCAUGAACAGCCAGGAGAUCUGCGAUGUCAUCAAUCAGUGCCAUGACCCCACAGAAGCCGCUCAGGUUAUCUCUGAACAGGCCCUCCAGUAUGGCUCGGAAGACAACAGCACCAUAAUCGUCGUGCCGUUCGGCGCGUGGGGGAAGCAGAAGGGCUCGGACGUCAGCUUCUCCUUCAGCCGGAGCUUCGUCUCCAGUGGAAGAUGGGCCUGAAGUCCCGGGUGACACACAACCUUCGUGCAAUAUAAUCUGUAUGCAGCGCACUACGCAAGCGGAGCACUGACAAGGAACAAUUGUUAAGACUGAGGAAGCACUGUUUGUGAGCUAUAAGAAAUAUGCCUGCAGUAAUGAGCCAGCAGAGCAGGGAAGUGUACGCUAAAGGGAUGGUGUACGCUAAACUUUUGGUAAAAAGGGAGAUUACUUUAUAAUAACAAGGUUUGAAUACCCAUUUUUUUUUUCUCAAACUGGGAGUCCUGAACGUUAUUGCUUCCUUGGAUCGUGAGAUUCAGACAGAAGAAUUUUACACACGAUGCAAUUAUAUUUUCCUCCUUAAAAUGAAAAACUGUUUAUUUACCUCGAACACGGCAAUUUCAGGGCUUUUGUAGCAGCAGCACCACUAACCUGUCAGACCACAUGCCGGUGGUGGGUUUUACCCAGAAGCACUUUUCCACAAGUAUGACUGAAGUGCGAGAGAUUUGUUAUUUGUUGGGAAAGGCUGGAGACUGAUCUCUCAAAUGAAUGUGCUAUUACCUCAGUGGCAGUAAAUGCUGGUCUUGCAUUUGGGGAAAAUACCAUGCACCUGAUACAAUCUUGAGGGUAGGAGAUUAAAAAUAGAAAGAAAAGCUCUCUCCCAUGUUUUACUGAAUUUUUGCUUCCCUCUUUUCACUUGAUUAACUGUACUCCACAAUAGUAAACUGAAGAUUGCUUUGAGUAGUGCACCACAUCAUCAAAUUGAUCAGUUGGAAGCCUUUUUAUCUGGGGGUUUAGUACUUCAAUAACUUGCCUCUCUACUCCCUUCUGUGGUGAUACAUAUAAAACAGUCGCCACAAAAUGCUAAAAACUGGUCAUUGGGUUCAGAAACCUUAAGAAUAUUUUAGUAAAAAGGUGGGUCUUUUGCAGUUUUAUGCUGAAUGCAUUCCAAGAAAAACAGACUUCUUAUGGAAACGCACAAAAAUGAAGAAGCACAGUCUACACAGACUUAGGAUCAAUUAGAACGGUAUGUAGAAGGUGUGAUACAGUGGAAAUACACAGUGGGUUUGUAAUGAGAGCUUUUUAAAAAGUAUGAAUAUGUACAUAGGAAUUUUUAUUCUGGGCAGUCAUUUACAUAAAGUAAUUGCACAGUCCUAAUUGUCCAAAGUGCUUUGCAUAUAGAUCUGUGAUAUUUAUAUAGUAUGUACUGUAUAUAUUAAUAUUUAUAUAUUUUAUUUUGUCACUAGCCAAAAUGCUGCUGUUUUAGUACAGUAUUUUUGUAUGUAUGAAAGUCCCUUCCAUUUUAAGUUGCAAGAAACAAAAAAGAGCUGGAUACCAUAUUGCUAAUGUACAGUAAGCUUGCUGUGUGGAAAUAGCAUCCUCAACAUUUACUUUUUCCUCUGUGCUGUGCUUCACAGAGGCUUUGUAUAUCCUACAUACACACAAGUCUGGCUUUUACAAAUGUGAAAGCAUGAGCAAAAGCAUUUCAUCAAUAGCCAUGUGUGUUUGAGUGUAGUAUGUCUCAUAGGAUGAACUGUAGUCGACCUUUUCUUCACCCAUUGAAAUAAUCCUGUACAUCAUACUUCAUGGGAUUUAGGGCUACAUCCCAUACCACCUAUCUUCAUUGUGAAGCUUAACAUUUCUCCACUUGUCAAGGGUGUGCGUGCUGAGGCUAAUUUUCUUUUCACUGAGAUGUCACCAAGAGUGCUUAAUUUGCUUGCUUGUGUAACAGGCCUUGUCAGCAUUUAUUUUAUUAUUUUUUGUCCUGUUAAUGUGAAUUCCUCUAUUCCAGUCUGCUAACUAACAAGGAGGUGUGGUACAAUGGCCUCUUGUUUAGAAUCAUUAUUAUAGUUCUUAUGUUCUUUGUUGUGUUUUGAAUUAGUGUUCGAAAAACCUUACUGCACAUAAAGUGAUAAUUAGUCUUUAAUACUCUUUAGAAGUGCCGUAGUUAUUUUGCAAGUUUGUCCACCCAAUACUUAUUUAAAUGUGCUUCCACUGACAGCACAUAUCAGCACAGCUGUGGUGAAUGUCUUGGGCAAUUUUCUUUGCUUUUACAUUGACUUGUGAGAAGAGAGGACACAAAAGAUAGAAGCAGGCACCUGAAGUGUUCCCUCACGAUGUACUGUUCUAGAAUCAGCAGGUGGUUCUUCCAGAUUUGUGUUCCAAUUGACGUGACUGACUUUGAGGAUUAACCUCAUCUCAGAGUUGUCAGUGUCAGGUACUGUAAAUGGCCCUUCUUAUCCAAGAUGUAUAUGUUUUCAGAGCUGUACUAGUAUCAAACGACCAUAAAAUCCCUGUCCUAAUCUAAUAUGCUUUAUUUAAAUACAAUUCUGCACAUCUGAAAGAAUGAAGCUUAACACACCAGUGUGCUCUGGAAUCUUCUCUCUCUGAGAGAAUAUAUUUUGUUAGGGAAAACGUUGCACAUCAGCAACAGAAAAAGUGAAAUACAAUCCAAAAUCAAAUUUUUUUGGAAAGUAUUGAUAAACCAGUUCAACUAACAUAUGUAUACCAUUUGUAGUACCUGGGGAAAGUGUUUUCCCAUUUUUUUUUCUCUUUCAGACAGUACUACUGAAAAAUUAAAUCAACAGUAACAUACUUUAAUAUAAAAAUAUUUUUAUUAUUCAUUUUCUCAACCAACAUAUAGGAUGUAUAGUACUAGUCAAGAGUCUCUUGUGCCUUUCCAUGUGCCCUGACAUAACACACUUUUAUUCUCUUCUGUCCCGUUUUCAAUGUGCUGUAAUGUGUUCUGUUGUUUUGUUACGCCUGUGGAAGGAUUGUAGCAGUUUGCACCUAUUUUCUAAUUGUGAAGAUCAAUGACGCCGAUUGUUGUGACUCACUAAGAAAUUCUCUUCUUCAGGAGAAUUGUGUGUAUAAAGUAUAUCAAUUGAUACUUUGGAAGUUGUCUGUUUGAUUUAGUAUUUCUCUUAAUAAACUAUUCUUAAAAUACA